AUGGAUAUCCUCCAAUAUCAAGAUGAUCAUGCACAACUAUCAAGAAUUGUUGAUCGACCGAUUCGAGAAAUCGAUGAUUAUUUCAAGUCACUCGAGAAUGAUUUAAUGCCCAGACAGACAGAGAUAAAACUACUGCAGGAGUUUAUAUCCACUGGUAUACCUAGUGCCGAUGAAGAAUUAGGAGGCGGAAUACCGUUGGGAGAAGUUGUGGAAGUGUUUGGAGCAAGUGGGUGUGGGAAAUCCCAUUUUUUGUUUCAGUUAUUGCUACAAUGUCAGGUUAAUUAUCCAGGAAGUGAAAGUAUUCAUGUAUCCACUGAAUCGUAUUUGGAAACUAAGAGGUUACAAGAUAUGUUUCAGAAUCAUGAAGGGGAAGUAACCAUGGAGAAUAUUUCAUAUAUAUAUUGUCAAGAUUUUGAGAGUCAAGACCAUAUACUAUAUACCCAAUUGCCGAUUAAAUUAGAACAAGACAAAGGAAAGACUAAGUUGGUAGUUAUUGAUUCGAUCGCCCAGCAUUUUCGAAGGGAAGAUUGUUUGUUGAAUUCAAAUUAUUUACGAAUGAGAAUUGACCAACAAGAAUUGGAAUUAAAAGAUCUACCAGAAUUCAAGGCAAUAAAAUUUCAACAGGCAAAUCAAUUGAAGACGGUUAGAAAGGAUAUAAAAUAUGCAAAUAGAUCGACCAAAUUGCAUUAUAUUUGUUUAUUACAUCGUCAUUUAACAAGAUUAGCACAACGAUAUAAUAUUGCGAUUGUUGUAGUUAAUCAAGUGAGUGAUCAUACUUUUGAUCCUCUGAAGAUGAUUCUGGAAAUAAAUGAGAAUGAUUUAGCAUAUCCGCUUAAUUUGGAUAUCCAAACCGGUAUAUCUUCAGGAUGGGAUGCAAAUACUCUUUAUGAUUAUAUUCCCACACAUCAAGUUUCAUUAAAUCGAGGACAAAUGGAAUUAUUAGAUUAUGAAAUAUCAAAAUCAUUUGAUAAUAAUCUAAAUAAGAGACAAAAGAUGGGUGAAGAUAUUGAUUUAAGAGCACCAAUUGUGGACAGAACACGAGAAUUAGAAGAUGUGAAAGAAUUAAUAUUAAAAUCGUAUAAAUUGAGAAAUGGAAAGACCAAAAAGAUAGUACCAACUUUGGGAUAUCCUUGGACAAGAAGAAAUAGCACUAGAAUCAUGUUGACAAAGACAUACAAACCGGUGAUGAAAGAUAAAACGGAAAUAGACCUGGAGUGGCUGCAAAGGGAUUCAACUGCAGAUUCUACUAAAGGAACAAACAAUAGUGAUGCAAGUAUAAAUAAUGGCAAAAGAUCAUAUGUGGAAGAUAAAAAUAAGCCAAAUGAUAAUAAUACACCUGAUUCUUUAAUUUCUGGUUGGCAAGUUGAGAGAUUUAUUAAGGUUGUUUCAACCAAUCAUAAUGCUCGUUCAAAUAGAUUUAAUAGAUAUCAAUUUAAAAUUGAUAAAACAGGAUUAAUAGAAAUAUAG